UGGAUAUGACAUGUUCAGUGCCUCUUUCUGGAAUCAACAGAUGUGUCUAUAAAUAACAUUCUCGUCUGUCUCACACCACAAGGAUCCGAAAUUUACCAGACAGCUGUGAAGACGAAAGUGACAACAUAUUCACAUUUCAAAGAGCUUUCCAAAAACUAUAACCUGGCUUCCAUAACCUUUCCAAAGCACGAUUCUAGUCAAAUCGAAAAUUGGAUAUGUUUAGUUAUCGGAAGGUAUUCUGGAGACAAAGCACUCCUUUGGAAGUACAGCACGUUCACAAAAGUGCCAAUGACGUUUUGUACAUACCGGUUUGACAAUUACAACGAGUUUACUCCAAGGGAAGAGAUCUUUUUGAGAAUUUCCUAAAGCUUCCUCAGGAGUAUGACUUAUAAGAAAUAUCAAUGUAUGUUUUUUUAUCUAAACAAAACUUUAAAACAACGAAAGAAGAUGAAGACGUGGGAAAGUGGUCGGUUGCAUUACUGAUAGAACUAUACGCCUUGAUUUGUUUCCGUGGUGAUCUGUUAGUGUAACACUUCUUCAUCUUACGCUGCUCAAGGAAAAAACAGAUGUAUUGACACUUGUGAUUGAUAAUGUUUUGGUUAUCAAUUUAUUUAGCAGACUCUUGUAGAAAUUGUCCUACUUACACAAGUCACCGUCAUUGCUUCUCUAUUGAGUUGUUUUGAAUCUAUUUGAAAGUUUAUAGUACAAAUGGGAACAGAUUUCACGGCAGCAAAAUGCCAAUAAGGUCAGGGACUGCGGAGCAGGGUUUGCUAAAUGGUCUCGGCCAUUUUUGCAACGUAUCACUUUCAGCUUUAAAGUGUCUGCAGAUAUCAGUAUAUCUGAUUUGCUACCUAAUUAUAAAAACAAACAAUUGAUCGUCAGAACCAAUGAUCUUCUCAUGACAUGUUCUCGGACAUCGUUGAUUCCCGUUGCUUCGAUGUCAUUUGGUGUCGCUGAUAGUUAUAGCUCGUCUCUCGAUUGGUCUUAUUGACAUUUGGGCGUACGAGGCUGCAAACAAUGUCAUGAGAGUCUCGGUUGAGAACUUUUAUCAUUUAAGUAGUUUUCAAACAAUUUUUAACGGUACAGAAACUAAAAAUGAUUUCGAAGAUCCGAACACUUUUAGACAUACGAGGGCUUUUCGUCUGGUAUAAAUCGACUCUCAUUCUGAUGUUUGGUACGUUUAGGAAUGUCAGAUCAAAAGAUUAAGCAUCUCUGAACAUAUUUUAUUAAGCCAUUUUUGGUAGUUUCUAGAGAAAGUGUCAUCAUGCUUACCUCAUAGUUUUGGUAUGCAUGUCAAUGCCACGAUAAUGCCAUGAAAGUAUGCCCUUACACAGUAUUGGUGGGCGAUAGAAGCCGAAAUGUUAAAGCAAUGACGCAUUGAGGAAAUUUAGUUGUUCAGGUUCCGUUGAAUCUAAGAUUUAUUUUAACAAUUAAACCUGCGAAUGUGCAUGCAAAAUAAAGAAAUAAACUGUUCAUAUAUCAUAUGCAGCAGUUUGACACGAAUCCUGUUCUUCAUGCUUUCAAAGGCAUUCAUUCUCCCGUGUUUAGACAGCCUUCAGACUUACUUGAAACGUCCAUUAAAUCUUUGAGAAUUAUGCCUCAAAACGCUACACAUGUUUACGCAGUUGCUGCAAAGUAUUGACAGUCCCACCCAUCGUUUGCUUAGGUGGCCUGGUACUGUGACCAUACCGUUGCAUUUCACACCAAAAGACCGUCUGGAUUGGACGUACGAACGGAUCUCUACACAAUGUCAUAAGCUCGUUCUUCGUCAUAGCCAGAUCUAGCAAGUGAUCGAAUAGUCGAAGUGUCCUGAAUAAUAUAUUUUGUACUACUUUUAAUUUUAAAGAGUUUUAAUUUCACGCGUAGCAAAGACUGGCAACAAAAGUUAAUGGAAAACACACUGCUGUCUUUAAAGUAAAACGCCAGCCAAUCUAAGGAAAAGUUUUCAGACCAAAUAUUCAAACAAGAGAGUCGUCGAUAUAUUCUAACGAUGGAAAAGCAGCAGAAAUAGAUUUCGAAAGCCAUUGACUGAAUUCAAGACCGAAAGCUGUCCCUUUUUUGCUGUUAUCAAAGACUUGUAUCCGAGGUGAUCAUAGCAGACUUUGAUCGUCAUAUUUUCUGUCAUUUUAAGUGGAAAUGUCAUUUCCAACUAAGUGGUUGAUACUUGGGCUGGAUGGCGCACCGGCAAUUCUUACUGUAAUUGGAAACGCCAUAUUCUUCGUCACGUUACUGAGAAGUCCCUCACUCCACACCCCAUCAAAUUUUCUUCUUGGUGCAUUAUGUGUCACAGAUCUUAUUGUUGGAUUCAUAUGCCAACCUUUGUUUAUCGUUGUACUGAUUGGUCCUAAAGGACGUUGCUGUUCGACUGUCAUAAAGGCCUACAACCUUAUUUUUGGCCUAAGUAGUUUGAAUUCGUUUUUAUGCGGCCUACUUAUAACAUUGGAUCGAUACGUAGCAGUGUUUCAUCCUUAUACAUACCGAGCUUUCGCCAGUUGCAGGAGAUAUGCAUUUGUGACAACCAUCGUUUUCAUUGUCUUUGCUGGAUACUCAGCGCUUAAGAUACCGUAUUUUGAACGGUCAAGAAUGUCCUUUCUUAUAGUGGAUAUUUGCAUCGAAUUCUCGGUGAUAGUCUCUGUGCUUGCCAUCUAUGCGCUGUUAUAUCGUGUUGUAUUUGCCAAAACACAGGCCGAUCUAUCGGUGAGACAAGUUGUCGGCACGAGACAAUCUGACAUAAAUAAAAGCAGGGCAAGAGACCAACGGAAGACAAAGACUGUUGCUAUCAUUAUCGGAGCUUUUCUGGCUUGCUAUACCCCUUUAAUGGUAUACUAUGUUAUGGGUUUGUUUUUCUAUGAGAAUAUCAGCCCAUCUUACCCAUAUCAACUCGGGCUAUGGUCAAACUUCCUUGCGCUUUUCAACAGCUGUGUAAACCCAAUGAUUUACUGUGCAAGGAGCAGCGACAUUAGACGAGCUGCCCUUCGUAUGUUUCACAGAAAUGCGGUUUUACCACAUCAACAUGGCUUUGGUUUGAAGAAUACCGCAUCUAGUAUAGGUUAAACUGCCAGAGAAGUAUUUUUGAUCACGUAAGGAUGCAACAGAUUCACUACACUCUAACAAAAAGAAAACACAUAUAAUAUUUGAGUAUAAGAUUGCAAAUUUUAUCAAUAUGCACGUGCACAUUAGAUAACGUUUAAGUAAUUCUAACGCCUCAUAAUCAAAUGCUUUUUUCUGAUUAACCAAUAAGGCUCAAUCAACAAAUAAAUUGUUCAUGGUCAAAUUUCAAAUUUUGAGUAUGUUGAUAUAAAUUGUAGGGUUAGCAGGGGUAUCGUAAGUUCUCGAAUAAGCCCCCAUCUUCGAAUAAGCCCCCAUCUUCAAAUAAGCCCCCAUCUUCGAAUAAGCCCCCAUCUUCGAAUAAGCCCUAUCAUUAGGUAGUUUUUGUGAAAUAAGCCUUCAUCCUCGAAUAAGUCCCCGUGGGCUGAGGUAUUGCCUCUUCAUCAAGAGGUUUAUCCCAGUUUAUCUUCAUUAUUUAACAUUCUGAACAGCCUCAAAUAGAGGAAGAAAAUUUAAGCCCCUACCUUCGAGUAGGCCCUCGCCCCUCGAAUAAGCUCCCACCCCGAGUAUUUUGUGAAGUAAGCCCCCAGGGGCUCAUUCGAGUACUUACAGUAGUGAAGUAGGGGCAAAGUGGCGUUUACAUAGCAAAUGCUUAUAACAGAUCUUCAACCCACAUUCUUCGACAGUACUCUGGAAUUUUUCAUAUAUUUGUUCAAAACAAAAGCUGUUAACAAAGAGUCUUUAUUUUUUCAAAUUUUGACUAGAAAAUGCUACUACGCGUGCGCUUGAACUACACGUAGGGGUUAUGCGCAGAUGACUUCAGACUUACCUCACCUCAUCUCCCCAGUUGGUAGCCAUUACGUCACCAACAGGCAUUAGGUAGAACCUUAUAAGACAGACAAAUGAAAUCAAAAUGACAUCGUUUGGUGACAUUUGUGUGUUUUUAGACCCACUCUUCAAUUUCAGCCAAUUUUACUAACCAAGCCAAGGCAUCAGAGAAAACCUUUAGCCAGCGUAGAUCUUAUCGCCAGAAAUAACGGUUCUGUUUUGAAGACAGCUUCAAAAGUACAAUAAAUCUAAU